GAACGGCUUUAUUAACUAAGAUAUACUGUAAAGGUAUAACCAACGGAUAUUAAGUAAAAACUAUCUCGGAAUACAGUCAGCUGAUAGACUAUAGAUAUAAUAAAUAUAGAAUUAAUUUUUUAACUAUGACAGACGAUAAUAAUAAAAAGCGAAACAGACUAUCGCUAAGUUGUCACUACUGUAAGAAAAGAAAAGUUAAAUGUGAUAGAGGUCGACCUUGUUCUAGUUGUCGGAAACAUAAUGUCGGACAUCUCUGUGAAUAUCCCGAUCCUAUAUGGUCCGAGCCCAUACAAAUUCAAAAUGGUAAUAAUGUUAAUGGUCAUAGUAGUGGAACUAUGACUGGUGGAAUGCUGACCUUUUCAGUACAAAGAUUUCACCCUCUGCUGCCGGUAGCUGUUAAUAAUAUGGGAUCUCAAACUUCUUUCCAUGUUCCUUCAAAUGCUCCACCUCCUGCUCCAACUCAUGCUCAUGCUCAACCUAUUGUACCGUCGGUAUCAGCUCCAACGGGAGUUCAUUCCGAACUAGAAGAAUUAAAGAAUAAAAUCAAAAUGAUAGAAGCAUCCUUAGAUAAGAAACAAGGUUCGGAACAGGAACCUCAACCUCAACCUCAGCCUCAACCUCCAAUCCAACUGGUGAAUCCAUAUGCACCAGUGCAUCAACCCAGUAAUUUAAAGCGAGCCCAUCCUGAAUCAAAUCAACAGUAUAAUUAUCAAUACCAACAACCCGUUCAAUCACAAGCAACCCCUCCCAUUGCCGGAGCUUCGCCGGGAGCAUCGAUUUAUUCCAAAUUUCCAAUUCCACCUACCGAUACAAAUAAUAUUCCUAUCAAAUUACCACCAAUUCAUUGGGAUCCCAAUAAACAGAAGAGUCCAUACUUCCCUCCAUUAGAACAUAAACAUGAUUUUGAUUGGAAUGAUUUCAGAUACAAUCUGGAAAAGAAUCCUACAUUUGUAGGAAUUAAUCCCUUUGCUUCUAAUGAAGAAACUAUGAAUUUCUUUGUGGGUUAUACUCCAUUACAUAUAAGAGAUACUUCAAGAAGAAUGAAUUAUGGUCCAUUUGCUUGGUUAUCUAUAAUGAAAAAGGAUUCAGGAUUAUUAGCCUUGUGGAAAUUUAUGAUGGCCAAGAAGGCUGAUAAACAAGAAUCAUUACGACAAACGGUAAGGUCCGAUAAGAUUCCUCCUGGGUCUGAUCUUCCUGAAUAUGCUAGUCGAGGUAAUUUCAAACCCAUGAAUACGCCUAGUGGUAAAUCAGCAGAACCCACAGGAGAUAAAUUGGAUCUGGAAACUGUAUGGAGAGAAAAAGCCAUUGAUAGAGAUGGAUAUAAUGAUUUGAGAUUAUAUGGAACUAGUCUGAAAAGUAGUAGUAGUAGUCAUACUAGUCAAGUCAAACCUAAUGAAGAAGAAGAGAAGGCUACUGAAGAUGAAGAUGCUAAGAAGCAAGUCAAAGAUGAUACUGUAGAUAAUGAACGAGUACUUAUGAAUAAACAUGCUAUUUCAUUAGGAUUAACAGUUUUUGAAGGAAAAAUUGAUCAGGAAUUACAACUCAUUGAAAAGAUUCAAGUUAUCUUACCCAAACAAAAAGUGGUAUGGACAUUAAUUAAUCAAUUCUUUGUUACUAUGUAUCCUUAUAUGCCAUUUAUUGAUGAAGGAUAUUUUAAACAAGAAAUGGCCAGAAUCUUAGGACCAGAAGGUUAUGCUGAUGAACAAAUCUCUUCAAUUAAAGUUGAAAAGAGAUUAGACUUUGCCCAUAUUGGGAUAUUACUUUUGGUAUUAAGAUUUACUUAUUUAUCAUUAUUUUCUAAUCGAAAUGGAGUGAAUGAAAAUAAUUUAAAUUCAAGUGAUCCAUCUCCAAAGGCUCAAGAAUUAAAAUAUUUAUUAUCUAAUCCGGUUAAUAUUGAUUUAAUAUCUAUGGCACAAUUAUGUCUUGACCAAUUUGAAUUAUUAAGAAAGACAAGUCUUGUAGUAUUACAAUGUGCAUUCUUUAUGAGAUUAUAUCAUAUGUUUGCUCCUGAAGAUGGUGAUGGAGGUGAUGGAGGUGAUUCACAAAUCUUUAAUGGAAUGUUAGUUCAAAUUGCUUAUUCUAUGGGAAUUAAUAGAGAACCGGAUAAUUUCGAAGAUAUUUGUAAUGAUGAUAAAAUCAAUAAUCUUGGUAGAAAAAUAUGGUUUUUCUUAAUGAUUUCCGAUUUAAUUCAAGCUUAUCAAUAUGGGAAUCCUCUAGGAAUUUCAGAAAAGAAUUUUGAUACAAGUCUUCCAUAUUAUAAGAAGGGUAAUGAAAAUAUUGCUGAUAUUGAUAUGGAAAAAAAUGUUAUUAGUACAUUUGCAUAUUUCAAUAAAUAUUAUUAUAAAUUAGUGGCAAUACUUGAUGUUUGUUUAGAUAUAAGAAAGUAUACAAAAUUAGCUCAUUUAACUAAUUUAAUAAGUGAUUUUGAAAUUCAUUUACUGGAACAUUAUGGUACUUUACCAAAAUUCUUAGUGCCAUUUCAAGAAGAUACAUUUUCUUAUUCAUUUAUAAAAACUAUGAAAUGUAAAAAUUAUAUGAAUAUGAAAGGAUUUUUAUUAUCAAUAUUCUUUCAUCUUUAUUUAUUCUAUGAAUCAAAGAAGAAAGUGGAUUUUUCAUUUUUUUAUUUAAAGAAAAUCUUUACUAUCACUUGUGGAGAAUUUAUUCCUAGUUAUUUUCAAUUAAUUGGAGAUAAUUAUGCUAAUUUUGGUGAUGCAGCCGAUUUAAUAUUAAAUCCAUCGAUUGAAACAAUGAUUCAUAAAACUAGUCAAAUGAAUUUUGCUGUAUUAGUAAGAGUAAAUGCCACAGUCUAUAGAAUGAAACAAGAUAAGGAUCAUGAUGUUAAAAUGAGAAAUGGAUUUAAUUAUAAACUGAGAUUUACUAAAUUAUGUAAAAUAUCAAAGAUUUUAGAAUUCAUAACUAAAUAUUGUAUUGCUGCAUUGUCUAGAUUAAGUCAAAGAUAUUAUUAUGCUUGGAGAGUUACUAAAGCUCAUUCAUACUUAUUAAAAUUAAUCGUAGGAGAAGAAUUAUAUAUUCAUAGUCAAAAGGAUAGUAUAACAUUUCUUGAUCUUUCUUAUGAUCAACUUCAUGAAUUAGUUUAUAUUCUUGAAAGUUCAGUUAAGAAAUUUGGAAAGUCAAAGAUUUAUCAUGGUAGUACUGAAUUAAUUGAUGAGUAUAAUGAAGAAAUUGAACUUUCUCAUCCAAGUGCUAGAUUUAGAGAUGUUCCAGGUAAAGAUCAUACUACUGGAGUGGGUAAUACUAAUGGUCGUGAUAGUACAUCAAGCAAUAGAUCAUCUUAUCAACAAAGUUCAACCCCUCUUAGUACUCAUGGAGUUGCUAGUGUCCAUAGUAUACCAUCCUCAGUUGAUUCUGUCAAUAAUUCAGAACUUGAUGAUAUCCAAUUCCUUGAAAAUGCUGAAAUUGAUAAGAUGUGGUUCCAAAUGGCCUCUAUGAAGUAUAAUAAUAACACCAAUGGAAAUAGCAAUAGCAAUAACAAUAACAAUAACACUAACAUUAAUAAUAAUAACAAUAUUAAUGGUAAUGGUAACGCUAAUACAGGUUCAUUAUACAAUACAGUCAAUGGAAGUCAAGGAAUUGGAAGUUCAUCAGCCGAUGACUUUGGCAUGGGCCGUAGACCAAGUGGCGCUGUACCAGAUGAUGGGAAUGGUACACAAUCUGGUAGUAAUGCUCAAGGUGGAGAAUUCAUAAAUCUUAAUAUUCCUACGCCUCUGCUUAAUCCAUUAAGUCCCGAAAGUUUAAGUUAUAAUGCUGCUCAAAAUAAUGGGGUCAAUAACAAUGGUAUAGAUCCAUUUGUUGAUGUAUAUGAUAUGGACGUAUUUAAUCAUAUGCCAAUCGAUCAAAUCUUAGGACUCCGAGAUUAUCCUGAUGAUGAGAGAUGGUAAACUAUAUAUGUAUAAAAUUUCUAUCUAACUAUCUUAAUAGUAAUUAAUAUAUGACAAUUAGACAAUUAGACAA